AUUCAUUCGCAUUUCCACUUCGUUUGUGACCGGCGUUGGUUCGUGAAAGUUUCAUCCCGGCUUGGUUGUACCAUUUGUAAUAUUUUUUUUUCCAUUGGUAAAGUUGUGUAAACCCGUGAAAAUUAGUGAAUUAUAACGAAUUGGUUUGUGGUGUAGCAGAUUAAAUUGGGUUUCAAGCAAGGAACGAGGGAUUCAACGAAAAAAUGCAAUCAGGAAAUAUGUCUUACAACAAUGACGGAAACGGAAACGGGGGUGGGGACUCCGGUUUCUUUAUCCGUUUGCGUGGACUUCCGUGGAACAUCACGGAGAGCGAUAUUCGCGAUUUCCUGAAUGGAGUGGCUAUCGAUCAGGUGCACAUUUGCAUCAACCAGAUGACCAAGCGUCAAACUGGUGAAGCUUACCUGCGCAUGCCGACUUUGGACGAUCAGAUUAAGGCCCUUGAUCAAAACAAGGCCACUCUGGGCCAUCGAUAUAUCGAGGUGUUUACGGCAUCGGACGAUCAGUUCGAUAAUGCCGUGAACAAAGAGGAUAAUGCCGAAGAUGGUGGACCGGUAUUGAGGCUGCGUGGUUUGCCCUGGUCAUGCACCAAGGACGACGUCAAGAGAUUCUUCAACGGGUUGACGAUAAAGAAUGGCUAUAAUGGGAUAGUUUUGCUACUGGAUCAGCUGGGACGGGCAUCUGGGGAGGCGAUUGUAGAAUUUGGAACUGAUGCCGAAGCCGAUCAGGCCAUGAGCAAACAGAAAGAGAAGAUUGGGAACAGAUACAUUGAGCUGUUCCGUAGCAGUACUCGCGAAAUGAAGUGGGCUGAAAAACGUUUGCGUCGCAAUUCUCCAUAUGGCGGCAGCGAUGACAACAACCGUAACCGGUACCCACCAGGCCAGGGAUAUGGUCGCAAUGAUGAGUACGAUGAUUCCCCAUCAGGAGGCGGCAACAGCUCUUGGGGAGGCAAUCGGGACGGCAACGGAUACGGUGGCGGCAACAGCUACAGCUCCGGCGGUGGUAACAACUACAGCAGUGGCGGUGGAAACAUGAGCAGUGGCGGCGGCGGCAGCAUGUACUCCGGUGGGUUGGCCAACAAUACGGGCAACAUUGACAUCUUGAGCUUGUUGCAGGAUCAGUUGAAACGUGGAGGUAGCACCAACUACGGCUCUGGUCGUGGCACCGGAAACAGCUACAGCAGUGGUGGCAGUGGCUUUGGAAGCAACAAUUAUAGCAGCAGCACUGGCAAUAGCGGCUCAGGAAGUUACGGAAACUUCCGUUCAAACAGCGGUAGUGGAAGUCAGCUCGGUGGCAACAACUACAGCAGCUUUGGCAACAACAGCGGCGGCAGUGGCGGUGGUAACUUCUCCAGCAAUGACUUCUUCAGUAGUGGCGAACAGGAUCUAUUCUGUGUGCACUUGCGGGGAAUGCCGUUCAGCUGCGAUGAACAGGACAUCUACGACUUCUUCAUGCCGCUGAGACCGGUCAAGUGCAAUGUGUCGUUUGACUCCAGAGGUCGCCCAUCUGGAGAGGGUGACGCCUACUUUGACACCAUGGAGGAAGCCAUGAAGGCCAUGAAGAAGCACAAGGAGAAAAUGGGCUCCCGUUACAUAGAACUGUUCGCCGGCUCCAGGAGACCACAAAACAAGUUCAUGGAUUAAACAUCUAUCUGUUUACUUAAGAUUGCUAACGUUAGCAAAAAAGAGAUUCGGCGUACGCCCGACACGGCAACAAGAGUGGAGAAACUCAGCUUCCAAUUGUAACUUCACGAAGAGACAAACAUGCAUUAAGUUCAACAUUGAUAUAAAUUAGCUCAUACAACAUAUAGAAAGCCUAGAAAUUAAGCGACAAGCUGAUUCUGCUUAAACUCAUGUCCACCACCAUGUCAACCCACAUGCACUUAACUUCGAAUGAUGAAGCUGAAUCAUUCUUCAUGUAAUUUAGGUUUUAAGAUAGGAAAUAUUAUUCAUUUUUAACAUUUUGAAGAAACAACGCAAUUUUUUUCAAUGUAAACAAAA